AUGGCAUUGCCUGGUCAACAUUCAAUUUCAGAUAUAAUGCGAUCUCCGAAAAAAAGGAAUUUCACAAAAAAUACUGACCCCUCACAACUCGAGGAAAAAAAUCAAACUGCUGACGAUGUUGGAACAAGAAAGAAACGAUUUACCACAAAUAAGGAUAAGCGAGAGCAUAAAUUUAGAAACUUUAAAAAUCGAAAUGGAAAUCGGGCUCGAGAUAAUAGCUCGCAAAAUAGGGACGAGGAAUUAAGAGAAGACGUGGACAAUGAUCAAAUCAGUAGUGGAAUCCCUGUUGAGGAACAAGCAAAGGAACCCAGAAAACCAAAGAAGAAGGUGGCAAUUCUAUUGGGUUUCUGCGGUACAGGCUAUCAAGGAAUGCAAAUAAACCGUAAUGCAAAGACCAUUGAAGACGAAGUGUUCAAAGCUCUUGUCGCCGCCGGUGCUGUAUCAAGAGAUAAUUCUGAUGAUCCAAAGAAGGUAAGUUUAAUGCGCGCGGCGAGAACCGACAAGGGAGUGCACGCUGCCGGAAACAUAAUAUCGAUAAAAAUAAUUGAAAGGAUCAACGAAAAUCUCCCCGAACAAAUACGUCUAUGGGGAUAUGUCAGAACCAUUCGAUCAUUUCAUGCGAAAACGCUUUGUGACUCCCGCGUAUAUGAAUAUCUCAUUCCUACCUAUGUCUUUAUUCCUAAUGAAACAAUACCCAGCGUGCAAAUUUCGCAGUCGAAUUCAAUCAUAAUAAAUCAAAGUGAGGAAUUUCAAGCGGAGGGGACGGCAAGUUGGCAAAAAAUCGAAGCGCCCGUUGCCACGGCCGAGGAAAUGCUUGAAAAGCGCAAAUUUCGGAUAUCUCCGGAGAUACUGAAUUUGGUGAGGCAGGGUUUUAAAGAAUACGAGGGGACCCAUAAUUAUCACAAUUUUACAAUUGGUCGCGCCAGCAUCGAAAAAAGUUGUCACCGAUUUAUCAUCAAUUUUGAGGUCAGCGAACCAAAGAUGGUGAAGGACACCGAGUGGCUAAGCCUCAAAGUACACGGACAAUCGUUUAUGUUGCAUCAAAUACGGAAAAUGGUUGCCUUAGUGGUUAUGGUGGUCAGGACUGGAACCCCGCUUACGCUUAUUUCAAAAGCCUUUGGUCUCAACAAGAUCAACAUACCUAAUGCACCUGCGCCCGUAUUUAAAUCGUAUAAUAAGAAAUGCGUUAGCAAUGGAAAUGAAUUGAUAGACUUUGAGAAAUAUCGGGAAAAAAUUGAUGAGUUCAAAGAGAAAUAUAUAUAUUCCAAGAUUUAUGAAGAGGAGCAUAGAGAUAAUACGUUCCAGAAUUGGCUCAACACUUUGGAUACCCACAAAGAACGUGAUUUCGGAUACUUGAAUCCAGAAGGUGAUAUACCUGAAUGGGCCGUUGUAAAAAAACAAGCGCGAUUUCCCAAUGAAGACGCAGAAAGUCAGGAAGAGGAUACAGAAAAUGAUGAUGAUUAA